ACUGCAAGAUCUCGAGAAGAACGCUCAAUUUCCUUUUUUAAUUGACUCUUCUGUAAAUGUAAAUAUGUUGUAAGAAUUUUACAUAAAUUAAAUUGAUAAUUUUACAUUUGUCAUUUCAUUUUGUUGGCCGAUUUAAUAAGUUCUUGAUGAAGUUCAGGCGGUGUAGACGAGUAUACGUCUGCUUUGUUUGUUAUACUUGAAAACGGGAUUGCCAUUAUGGAGAAGCACGCGCAGAACACGUGGUUGGAUGUAUUUGGAAACAUUCCGAUUAGAUGAGCUGUUAAAAGGGCGGAAUUAAAAUGAAGUAAAAUAAAGUAAAUCAGACAUAAUAAUGUUGAACAGAGUUUAUGAAAUAGACUAGAUUGCUGCUUUCAUAAGGACUCACCUGUUAGCUCAUCCAGGUAUAUUUCACAUCAGUAAGGUGGUUAUGUAUUGUUUGUGAACAACGUAUUUAUCAUAAUUACCCAAUGCAAUGCCAAAUCAUCAUACCACGUUUAAAUCUUUUCACUUUAUAUUUUGGUUUGAGAUACACUAUUUUUCAUAAGUAAAACAUCCUUAGCAACAUAUGUUGGUGUAAUAUGAGCCAAUUUUAAUUAAUGAAUGUUUCUUCACAUACUAUUUUUACAGAACUUUCCUUCAACAAUAUGACUAUGAUUUCGAGUCAAAAUGCUCCACACGAUCUGUUUACAAUCAACGAUGCCUGGUUUCUGGAAUUAUCUCUAUCAAAUAAGAACUAAGUGGAGAUAUAAUGCCUUAAAAACACUUCAUGGUAUCAAAAAAGGCACAAAUCGUUCAUAAACUAGAAGGAAUCACUAAAAAACCACACAUGGCAGACACGUCAGAUAUUAAGCCUAUCACAGAUCCUAAUGAUGGGGACGUCCCCGAGUCCGGGGUCCAAGAUGGUUCCUCGACCCCAAAAACAGCCGCCCGUAACGCCGCAAAGAGGGCAGCACAGGUUAAACGACAACAAAGUACUGACUCUAAGGGCAAACUGCGAACUGUGAGCAGUGGUGCUAGUAUAGGACGCCAAAGAACGGCGUCUUUGUCUUCAAAUUAUACCGGACGGGCACGGCGGCCCAGUUUGAGUUUCAGUCACGCAGACUCUAUUCCGUUUGGCCUCGACAAACCGUCGGCGGACGAAGUCGAUCCAGACCAAGUUCCCUGGUGGACGUCCAGACGUCUGCUCCUGUCUCUCACCUGUUUCAUCGGCUUCUUCUUCCUUUACUCUCUCCGCGUGAAUCUCAGCACCGCCAUAGUCUGCAUGAACAAAGUUCAAGACGAAGAAGGCGGUGAUAACAAAACUUACAUCAAAUUCGUUACGAACUAUACCACUGAUGAAAACGGGACGAUGAUUAAUAUCACUAAACCUGUAAGUGUUUCCACCACGUCUAAACCUGACGGUGUGGAGUGUGUGUUGGUAGAAUCAGCCGAAAAACUUAUAGCAGAGUUUAACUGGGAUAAAAAGCUGCAGGGUUUGAUCCUGGGGGCGUUUUUCUGGGGGUACACAUUCAUGCAGAUCCCUUCCGGCUACCUUAGUGACCGGUUUGGUCCUCGGAUCACGGUGGCGUGUGGAAUGUUUCCGGUGGCCAUUUUGACCAUUAUCAGUCCGUUCCUGGCUCGGGGCAGCCCGUACCUGCUCAUGGUAGGAAGGGUUAUCAUCGGUAUGGGAGAGGCAAUGAUGUACCCAGGUAUGCAGUCCCUGUGGGCUCGCUGGUCACCGCCGCACGAGCGGAGUAGGCUUGUCGGAUUUGCAUUCGGAGGUUCUCAGCUCGGUAACGCCCUGACGUUUCCGCUAGCUAGCCUCUUGUGCGCCUACGGCUUUGACGGCGGUUGGCCAUCCGUAUUCUAUGUUACCGGUCUGGCGUGUUUAUGCUGGUGUUUCGUGUACGUGUUCUACGCCCGCAGCACACCUAGCGAGAUGGCCAGCAUCACCCCCAUCGAGAAGAAGUACAUCGAGAUGUCACUCGGCGUGUACGGAAUGUCAAAGGAAGAAAGGGAAAUGAAAAGGAGACAGGACAAGCCUUGGAGAGCCAUAUUCACAUCCGGCCCUGUGUGGGCCAUCCUCCUGGCGAACGGCUGCGGUAAUUUCGGGGCGUACAUGUUGCUUACACAGAUGCCCACAUACAUGAAGGAAGUCCUCAAGUUCGACAUUAAAUCCAAUGGAGCAUUUUCCAUGAUCCCUUAUCUAGUGUUUUGGGUGUUUAUAAUCAUUGGAGGACAAAUAGCAGACGUUCUUAUUUCCAGAAGCAUUCUCAGUAUAGAAUGGACAAGAAAACUGUGUUGUGCGCUAGGAACCGUUGUCCCGGGUAUAUUCCUCGUAUUAACGGGAUAUAUGGACUGCAACCACAAAAUCGAGGCAGUCGUGUUAUUGUCACUCUCCAUGGGAUUCUGUGGCUUCCAGUUUAGCUCAUUCUUUAUAAACCACGGUGACAUCGCGCCCCGGUUUGCGGGGACGGUAUUCGGCUUCACCAACACCGGGGCCAGCGUGCCCGGCAUUAUCGCCCCCUACAUCGUUGGUGCCAUCACCCCUAACAAAACUCGCGAGGAGUGGCUCGUGGCGUUCUACAUCGCGGCAGGGGUGUAUGUUCUCGGUGCUAUCAUCUACGCCAUUCUCGCUAAAGGUGAGAUUCAAGAUUGGGCAGAGGAGCAUGUUGACGACUACCAGCCGGAAGAGGAGGAGGAGGAGGCCAUACCUUUGAAAGGCAUCACAGAGGACGAGGAAGAGGAGUCGUCCGAGGACAAGAAAAUGGUGGAUGGGACGGAAAACGGAGUUAAAUUCCAGUGAACAAGUCUCGGUUACGUCACUCUUGGCGGGAAGAAAACACACCAGAUGGCGGAUAUUUGGGGAGGAGUAAAAAACGCAAGUCGGCUGAUCACGUGACUGUCUGGAGUAAGCGCGUGGUUCGGCUACAUCGCGCUUUUGUUCGAUUGUUGUAUGUUUUUGUGUAGUUAGUGGUUGGUUCUUUCAAAAUAAUAAACAUAUAUCAAUACAUACUGUGAUUAGGAAUAAACAUGUUAUAUUCAUCACCUUGGUUGCAUGCAUAGGUCAGAGGAAGGCUGUGUGAGGCAGGGUAAUGUGUUUCAAAAUACAUAUUUCUAGCAUAUAGUCAGUAUGAUUAAAGGCCUAGUUUAAGCAAUGUUUGGCAUGAUAAUCCCCUGCUGUGCAUAUCCUGCUAAUUGCACUGGUGUCACAGUAGGGGCCAAUUUCCUGUGUAUUCGUUAAUUUAGGGUCCUUUUCUGUAAGAAAACAUCCCAAACUGCACAGCAGGAUACUCAGAUAGGAGAUCUGAUAAGACAAUUAGGCAAUUAGAUUAAGAUCAAUAAACAAAGGUUGUGUACCAAUACACGGUUUGGCUGGGGGGUCACUUAUUGAAGGCUUAAACUAGGCCUUUAAGUAAAUUAAAUAACGGAGGCAGAGAAGUUUGCUUUUCUUUUCAUCCAUUUGAACAUAGAUUUACUCUCAUUAGUUAGUUGUUUGUUAUGUGGGUUUUGCUGUUUAUACUUUGUGCCAUAUAUUGUUAGGCAUAUAUUUCAAAUAUGUCUCGGUAUGCCUGUUGUAUUCAACAUUCUAAUGUUAUAGUCGUUUUAUUUCUAUAUGCUACGGAAGAAAGGUUAUAAAAAUUUCCAGACCUGAUUAAACGCCAUGCUUCUGUUUUAAGAGCAUGCUUUGCAUACUUGUAUGACUAGUAGUUUUAAGAUAUAUUUUCCAAUGUGAGUGCCAUAUUACAACAGUCUGUCUACAAAGCCAUAUCGCGAUAGUUCGUAUUUUGGACUAAACUUCACACAUUCUUACUGAUCAUUAGAACAAUAUUCUUACUGAUUAUCUGGACAACAUAACAAUCCAGGACUAACAACAGUUGCAAUAUUUGCUUUUAACAUUAUUAUGGUAUUGUUAGGUAGUUGUUUUAUUUUGUUGUAGUGAUCAUGUUGUAGCAUUCCACGAGACUUGUCACGUGCUUUCAUUCCACGUAAACCACGCCCAACUUAAAUAUUAUUACGAAUAUCUUCAGAUAAAUAAUGUUGAAUUUAGUGAAUUUGCACAUAUUUUAUUUCUAUUAUGAAAGUGGCUUUCUUUCUGUACAUUGCUCCUUCUCUUGAUGAAAUAUUUUGUGAAUUAUUGUAAACCCAUCUAAUUAAAUUACUUGGGUAUUUGUUUUGUUAUUUUUUCGAUAAAAGGUCCUUGUAAAGUCAAGUUUCUAAACCUGUUCUAAAUGAGUGAUGAAAUUACAUUACACAUGUGACACUUGAUCGAUAUGAAUGGGAUAUUCGAUUUUUACAUGUAACUAACAUAUAUUGUAUGAAACUAUUGUAUAUUUUAACAUGUUUUUUUUAUUUAUUCUAACAGAUAUUUAAUGUAGGAUUUAAAAACAAAUACAAUAUGGAAAAACAUAAAGAAGGAUAUGAAAUACUGCCAUAAGUGACGUCAUAGUUUUUAAUUUGAUAUAUAUUUGAAUACGAUGUUUUAGAGCGACUCGGAGUCAUCUUUAGGGACGGUGAUUUUACCGCCGCUUAGCUUAGAUAAAUCAUACCUAUGUAUGUCGGAUAGCUGCCCAAGAAUCUCGGUUAGGAAUGGUGCUCUUAUUCACAAUUCUAACACAGUUCAAAUAUGAUUCUUUGGGAAGAGUACCACGGUAUUCAUACAAAUUAGAUGUUAGUUUUAGCAACCACAAAACUACAACAUAUGUUCAAGAGAACGGUGAAGGUCACAGGCAGCUGUCUCAGCAUAUAUGUUCGGCACAUUUCGAAGCCUUAAUGCAAUAACUCAUUUAGUGCGUUCAUUCCGCUUGGGGUGACGAAUUUCAAAUUUACAAUUUCUACAAUUUUUAGUCGUAUUUUAGCUUAUUCUAGUUUAUAUUUUGAUCUUUAUUCCUUUAUCAUUUGCACCCUCCUUUUAUAUCAAUUCGCUUCCCGUUUACAGUGCUUUAAGCAAUAUUUAGUAUAGUACGCUCGAGUCUACAAAGAGCUGCUAUGUAAUGUACUAGCUGUUUGUCUGGUAAUGCUUUUAUGUAUUGUUUAUGAAAUAUAUUUUGUUUAAAAAAAUC